AUGACCACCGUCGCGCCCUCUGCCUCUGCUCGCCGCGUCGGGCCCCGCUCCAUCAUCUCCGUCGCAUCCUCCACCGCAGACACCAGGUCGUACGCACCGGCCAAGCCCCCGCCAGCGAAACCGGUCACCCUCGCGAAGCGCAUCCUCUUUCCUGCCCUUCCGCCCGACGCUGACCUCCCGCCCCUUCUCCUCUCCCCCGCCGCCGCCCCACAACUCAAUGCAGAGCUCUAUGACUUCAUCGCUCUCGCUCUCCGCGCGUACGUCAACACCUGGUGGACAAAGAUCACCCGUUACGACAAGGAGUUCCUCCCAGAGAUAACCCGCAUCCUCACCGCUGUCAUACGUACCCUCGAGACUCGCCUUCUCGCCACCGAUCUCUCCCCUCUUGUCUUCCGCGACUUCCCCACAGUGCUCGCCCAACACUGGAUCGACUACCGCAAUGCUCAGGCCAAGCUACAUACCUCGUAUGCCGCCGGAGGUGCUGCCAGUCUUCCUCAGCUCUUCCACCAGCUCCAACCCCACAUGGCCGUCUCCGCAGACGGCGUCAUUGACCACGUCUACGUCCGCCAGGCCGUCGACCACAUCUUGAAGGUAUGCCUGCCGCCAGAAGACUACGAACCAGAGGCCGAGCGGUACAUUGUCCGCGAGAUCAUCCUCAAGGUGCUCGUCGGCGGCGUGCUCCCCAGACUCACUCAGCCAUGGUUCAUACACAAGCUGAUUCUGGACCAACUGGGGCCUGAGAAACCUCCGAACACCGUGGCUGAUCAGACUACCACCUCUGGACGGCCGGUCAUUCAGCGGCGUUCUUCAGGCCAUGUUUCAUUCCAGGCCCUCGCUAUUCUUAUCCUCUCUGCCGUACAAUCCGUGUCCGGAGUAUGUUUAGCACUCCUCCAUGCGUACAAGCAAGCUCGGGACACCAUCAAGAAGGUAAACCAAAGCGAGACAAGUCUAAAUGCUACACCCUCGCUGCCGGGGACGCUCAAUGUCCCCCAGAAGGCUCCUGCCGCGCCCUCGGGCUCGCUGCCCCGCGUGCCGUCGUCAGAAAGCACGUCAAUCGUCCACUCCUCCUCCCGAACCUCGACCUCCUCCAACGUUCCCGAGAUCUCGCCCUCGCCUUCCCCGUACCCAGCGCCGCCCCCGCCCCCACCAAUCCCGGACUACGCACAUCCGCCCCUAGCGCUCCUCCUGACCAUCCUCACUCCCCCGCCCUCCUCUGCCCCCGCCGCCUCCUCCUCUUCUCCCGAGCACGCGUCGUUCGCGACCGCACGUGCGCUCUCGCACCUCCUCACGCUCGCCGCGUCCCUCGCCUCGCCCUUCCUCGCUCGCCUCCUCCCCUACCUCCUCUACACGCACGUGCUCUCCCCCGCGACGCUCGCCAACACCGUCCGGAGCGCGAACCGGGCCCUGUUCCCCGAAGGCUGGCCCGCGCCCCCGCCCGUUGACCCGACGCCCGAGGAGCAGGCCGAGAUGCGCGAGACGCUGCGGCGCCGGCUCGCGGAGCGCGUCCCUGGGGCAGUCGCACCUCUGCUUGGGCCGACGCCUGCAGCGCGCCUUGCGACGGUCGAUGCUGCACUGGCGCCGCUGGACGAUGCGGCGUGCAACGCGCACCUGGCGGUGUUCAUCCUGGACUUGAUCCUGCUGACCGUCUUCCCGGAGCUGGGCGUGAAGGACGAGGUGUAGUUACGAGUCUCAGGGUGUGGCGUUGUCUGUUGGUGCGUUCCCACUUGGAUGUUGUCGCUGUAGUCGUCAUAUACCCGGAUCACGAAAACAUAUAAACG